GCGGCGGCAGCGCUGCAUCCGCAUAGUUGUCAAAUCUGCGGCCGGAGCGUAAACCGCUGCGUGUGUCGCAAAGUGGGAGGAAGACCACAACUACACAAACAAACAACAGAAACAACUGCGCGGAUUUAGAGUCGAUGCAGAUUCAUCCGGACAUCAACGGUUUCUAACACGAUGGCUGCGUCCUCUUCGUCCUCCUCUGCGGGGGGUGUAAGCGGCAGCUCGGUGACAGGAUCCGGAUUCAGCGCUUCAGAGCUCAUCCCCCCCAGGAAAGUGCUGUACACAUAUCCUAAAGGUGCAGGAGAGAUGAUGGAAGAUGGCUCCGAUAGAUUUUUGUGUGAGUCUGUAUUCAGCUACCAAGUGGCCUCAACACUGAAACAGGUCAAACACGAUCAACAAGUGUCUCGAAUGGAGAAACUGGCGAGCUUGGUGGAGGAGCUGGAAGCGGACGAGUGGCGGUACAAACCAAUCGAACAGCUGCUGGGAUUUACACCAUCUUAAGUAAAGAGACCCAGAUGCCUUUGGUUAAUAAAUCAGCCAAAUAUAAGGAAAUGGGAAGGAGAUACUUUUAUUUCAGUUCAUAAAUUAUAUCCCUCCUUUUAUGGGUUUAUGUGUGAAAUGUUACCUGGAGAUAUAAAAUGUGAGAUGUAAUAUUUUAUCACUCCUUUUAUUGUAUGAACAUGGUUUACUUAUUACUUUAAAAGCAACUUGUUAUUUGACGCUCCAUAUCAAGAUAAACUCUGCUUUACUAAAAUCUUCUUUAAUAUCUGAACAUAUUAAACUUUUGUAAUAGAUUGUUGAUACUUUUUCAACUGGUUUAAGCUAAUAAAUUGCUGCCAGUCCAAUGUGCUCUAAGCUGGAGAUAAGAAAAUUCUUUGCUAACGUAAUAAAUCUCUUGAAGUGAGACAUUGUUUUUCCCCUUGGCUGCUCUGUAACUCAUGAAUCUGAAAACCUGGUGCCUGUUCAGUCCGCCCUCCUCUCUGUGGAUCUCUGAGAAAACAGAGAAAGCUUGUAAAUAAAGUCGAACUUCAACAUGUCA